AAGAGGCCUUUAGUGCGGUGUAAAAGAAAACCAAAAGACUUCAAGAGUAGCUGCUCAAAACCUUGAACUGGCUCUUUGUCUCGAGGGCCUUGGCAAUGGCUUUUGUCGCCUCCACACCUACAGUGUUUCCCUCCAAUCGCAGGGCUUGGAGACCUUCAAAGUCCUUGAUCUCCUUCACAAUCUCUUCAACUGGAGUUUGGAAAAUGGGUUAGACAUAGAAGGACAUGAAUAGACAGAAAAAAUACAUCCAAGACUGAAAAGUGUUUCUAUUCAUUUUUUCCACAGCUGUAAGAACGGAAAGUUGGAAACUUCACCAACUCUCACCUGAUUUGGAAUCAUCAAGCUUUCUUCCCUGUCCUUUGUAACUCAGCUCCCCUUCCUCAACUCCAGCUUUGGCCAAGGAGUCAGCCAACUGUGAAACAAUGUCUGUCGCCAUUAGGGUACCUGGAGAAAUUUUUAUUUUUUUUUCCAAGACAGAGGGGAGUAAGAAUGGAGCCGCAGCGACAGAAACGCAGGAAAGAAACACAAGCUCUGAGUUCCAUACAGUCCUCCCUGACAUAUCCCGAUUCUGAGGGCUACAAGGUGUCUUAUGUCGGAAAUGUCACAAACCCUUUAAAUCAAAUUGGACCAGUCGGUUUUUCCAGCAUGGCUCACUGUGCCAUCCCUGACAAAGCAUAUAAUGUAGACCAGUGUGCCAUCUCUGACCUGGACAGACUGGACACUUUGGAGGACGAUGAGCUGCUUGGCGAUGACUUGGACAAUUUGCUAGACUGCGUCCCUAAUGAACACAUACCACCUAAGAGCCACAAUCAGGAAGUAGCCUCACUUUCCAGCAGGGAAAGCACUUCAAUGCUGCCUUUUCAAACGCCUCAGCUCCCCCCAGCCUUCUUUAGCUCAUCAAUUACUCAAUUUAUCUCCAUGAACUCCCUUUCACUUGGCGGUCACAACUCACUGGAUGCCCGGGAUGACUUCUCAUCUCCACAGGGACUGCAUUCCUUAGAUAACCUCCCUGGAAGCGCAGAUGGUCCAAGUUUGAAGUCAACAAUGCUAGAUUCCUUGGAUGACCUCUUGUUGGCGGCUCCGUGUGCUGUAGCUGUAGAAGCCAACCAGUCCAAAACAGAACCGAAAGAACUUGAAAAGUCAAUUGAUGAUUUGCUUGAUGAGUGGACACCUGUAGGGCGAACCUGUGACCCAUCUGCUCAACUUCGUUCUGUGUCGGGUGUGAACCAGCUGAAUUCCCUGGAUUCCUUGGACUCAUUUCCCCCAAUGGAGGGUGGGGGGCCUUCUUUUCCUGCACUCCCACAGAAAGGAACAGGCCUGGACUCACUCUGCAAUUUCAGCUCCUCUGCUGUCGCAACGUCUCACAGUCUCAUUACUUUAAAAAAGCAAUUCCCAAAGUGCAACGACAAACAGUGGCAUACACAAACUCCAGUAUCAAACCCUCUGUCUGCCACCCAUGACUUCAUGCAGGCCUGUACUAGUUGCUUCCCUCGCCAAGGUCAAGGGAUAUACACCUCAGUUCACAAACCUGACCUCGCCCACAACUGUAAGCGAGACAUUCUCUUGUGUAAACGAAAGGGAGCGCUUCCUUCAGAGUGGACCAUAGUGCGGCAGCCACCUACAUGGACAUCCUUCAGCGGGCCAUUUGUUCUUUGCAGAGAGCUGUCUGGAGAUUUGGGCCUCUGUAAAUUUGGGGAAAAGUGCACAUUUGCCUUUCACCAAUUGGAAAUCGACGUUUGGACAGAGGAGAGGAAGGGGACGCUGGACAGAAAUCUGCUCUUUGGACCGCCAGGUGUCACCAAUGUAGACCCUGCGAACAGCAUUAUACGCCUUCUACAGGAACACAAGGGCAUGUUCAUAUUCCUCUGUCAGGAGUGCUAUGACAGUAAACCUCGGUUCAUCAGUAAGCGCUGCAGUGAGGAUCCCAGAGUGUGUUCUAACUUGAAUGUUCCCCACUCCUUUGAUGCCAACAAGUGUUUAGCAUUUGUAAUGACGACCACCAACAUUAACUACAGAAAAGUGCGUCCACUCAGCAUACGGGCCCACUUAGAAUUGUGCAGCCAAGCCAUUCGCGAUGGAUGCCGAGGGGAGUACAGCUGCCAGAAGGCUCACUCAGUCAUUGAGCUACAAACCUGGAGGGUGCAGUGGGACAAAGGUAUCAGUCCUGAUGAGCUUGUUAAAGUCUCAUCAAAAUAUUAUGAGAAAGAGGAGCAGAAAGCAAGGAAACGGACCUCAAGUAAAGAUCAUGCUGCUGCAAAUGGUAGGGGCACACCAAAAGGCAAGAGUUUAAACAUGAAGAUGCAGUUUGUCUGUGCUCAGUGCUUGCGAGGCGGCUUCCCCAGUAUGCCGGACAAAGCUCUUCAGUAUUGCACUGCCAGCCCCAAGCACCCGUGGAUAAAAAACCAAAGCACACUGUUGGUGAAGUCCUUGGAGAAGAAUAAAUGGGUUCCUGUCAGACCGCUUCCACAUAAAAAAAACUUCCCCGCACAUUAUGAAUUGUGUACCCGGAUGUUGGAGAAAAAGUGUAACUACAGUGGAAACUGCCCCUUUGCACACAGCGAAGAGGAAAAGGAAAUGUGGAUGUACAUGAAGAAUCAAGGCGUCUAUGAGAUGGAGCAGAUGUACAACAUGUGGCUUACAUUAAGCACAAAUAGUCGCCAAGCAGACGGACCCAUGCUCACCCAGUCCAUCCCAGAAGAAAAAGACAUUGUCAUGCCAACAGACAACGCUGAACCAAUGUUGAGCUUCUACUGUUAUCUGUGUGGGAGGCACAGUAACGGCGAGCGACAAUGGCAGAAACACAUCUCAGCCAAAAAGCACAAGGAGCGCCUGUUCAGUUGUGAGGGAGAAGAUGAGGCUUUGAAGUGGAGCUACCGCUUCCCUGGUACAUUCUUGGAGCUCUGCACCAAGUUAGAAACUGGCUGCGCUGAUGGGGCAAGCUGUGACUUCGCCCACAGUUCCGAGGAGUUGCAGGAGUGGAUUGAGAGACGGCAUUUCCUGCGUUGCAAAUUGGCCAAAGCAAGGGAAGACAAGCUCAUCAUGCCUGAUGAGGUUGACUUUGGAAAGUACAACUUUAUACUUCAAGACUAAGAACUACAAAAGAACCACUUGAUCCAAUUUUUGUCUGACAUCACAGUUUUUUUAUUUACUUGCUUUUGGUAGCACUUAUUCUAUAGUGGUAUAUGCUGCUGUCUUUCGUCUUGACACAGAUUUCAUUACAAUGCCAACGGCGGUCCCAAGCCCGGAUAAAAAAAUUAGUGGGUUGCGUCAACAAGGCAUUUGCGUAUUUAAAAAAAAAUAUAUAUAAUAAUAAUAAUAAAUAAAUAAAUAAAUAAAAAGCGGCGGCACGGUGGACGACUGGUUAGAGCGUCAGCCUCACAGUUCUGAGGACCGGGGUUCAAUCCCCGGUCCCGCUUGUGUAGAGUUUGCAUGUUCUCCCCGUGCCUGCGUGGGUUUUCUCCGGGCACUCCGGUUUCCUCCCACAUCCCAAAAACAUGCAUUCAUUGGAGAGACUAAAAAUUGCCCGUAGGUGUGACUGUGAGUGCGAAUGGUUGUUUUUUUGUAUGUGCCCUGCGAUUGGCUGGCAACCAGUUCAGGGUGUACCCCGCCUCCUGCCCGAUGACACGCCCGUGACCCUAGUGAGGAGAAGCGGCUCAGAAAAUGGAUGGAUGGAUAAAUAAAAAGCCAACUACAACAACAACUUGCUUUUAGAAAAUGGCGGCUAUUUUAUUUCUGAUUUCUGUUGUAUUUUCAUCUAUUGCUGACAUAAUCGGCUUUAAAAACUGGAACAAUGGCAUUUAGACUGAUGGAAAAAUGUUAUAUAUUAUUGCAUAAAAAUACAGUGUUGCUGUGACUGCAUUAAGAUGAUAGCACCCUUGUUCACUCGAAACGAGUAUUUUGGAAAAGUACUACAAUGAACAUGCCACAAGGCAAUAAACUCCCCACACCUCCAUUCAGAGACCACAUCCUGGUCAUAAAAUGUGAUACCACCUACUCAAGCUUCAUAAAAAGGGCAGCGGGGAGGCAAAUGAUAGAAGAGUCCUGCUCGCUGAGAGCGCGACUGUUUCUCCUCUUGCCGCAAGAGAAAAGUCCUGGCUCAAGUUGUGUUUUGUCUCUUUUGUUUUUUUCCGGUGCAUGCUAAAUUGAGAAUAUCUGUAGAUUUACAGAUUAAUUCUGACAGACUCACAUUCAUGCAAACCACUGUCAUAUAUGUCCUUCAUAAGCGCAACCUCUACUCACAGAUGCUUAUCCCAUGCAGACAAUAUCAUAAACAUAGUCAAGACUAAUAUUGUUUUAUCCAUGAGGUUUAUCUCAACAUGCAGCACAAAUAAAAAUGUUUGGUUCACAUCUGUAUUAUGGAUAUAAAGUUUAAUUACAUGA